GCGCUGCGCAGGGGCUGCGCAACACGUGGCGCAGUGCUGAGGAGCUGCGCAAGGUGAAGGACAACGGCCACCGCGAGAAGGAGAACUGUUGGCAGCGGCGGCGGCGGUUCGUCGCUUGCGAUGAGCCCAAGUGCAACAUUCAGAAAGAGAGCGCGAUGCUGGCGGUGGUGCAGCCGGCGGUGGGGCCGCCGCCGCCGCGCAUCACGCACACGGCCGCCACCCCGCAGGACUCGCCCUCCACCACGCUGGAGCCCGCGGGCCGCGCGCCCGCCCUCGCCCUCUACGCCUCCUCCGCCUCCAUCGACUCCAUCGACCGCUCCACGUUAUCAGUACUAGCUUAG